AUGGAAUCCAGGCUUAAGGAGGAGGAAGUACAGAGUGUGAAGUUCAAGUGUGGCUUUGAUGGAAGUUUUUUGGUUAAUUGUAGUGGUUUGAGUAAAGACAGAGCAGGGAGACUCAUCCUGUUUUGGAAGGAUAGCUCACAAGUCAGUAUUCUCUCCUUCUCCACCAAUCAUAUUGGAGGAUCGGUGACUGACAAUUGUGAUUCUCAGGACUGGUUUUUCUGUGGGCUCUACGGACAUCCGGAGGAACACAAUAAGAGAAGAACUUGGAGACUUCUCCAAGAGGAGAGAAGAAGCUACGGGGACAGGUUCUUAUGUUUUGGUGAUUUAAAUGAUAUUCUUUUUGAGGGAGAAAAACAAGGGGGUAUUCCUAGAUCCCUGAGGCAAUUCUCGUGGGGUCGUCAAUCGAUCAGCAACUGUGGUUUGAUUGACUUAGGAUUCGAAGGUUAUCCUUUCACUUGGACGAAUGGAAGAAAGGGGGAGGAAAACAGACAAUGUAGGUUGGAUAGGUGUCUUGCUUCGGAAGGUUACAUUAACAGGUUCUCUCCAAUCAAAGUCAGCCAUCUUGAGGGGUAUGGUUCAGAUCAUGUUGCUGUUAGGAUCAUCCUGGAAGAUGAAAUGCGGGGUUCAGCGAGGAAAAGACAACAUAUUUUUCGAUUUAAGGAGGUCUGGAGUAGGGAUCCGAAGUGUGAGAACAUGGUGGGCAGAUUGUGUAAGAAUCCGGGAGUGUGCAUUCUUAAUAAGUUUGAGGCCAUGAAAGAGCUUGAUUCAGUUUUCAAGGGUGGGGAGGAAGAUAUUGCGUCUUUCAAGGCUCUUGAAGUCCAAAGGGACAGGCGACUUCACGUGGAAGAGGUUAGCUGGAGACAAAGGAGUAUGGCUCUUUGGCUUAAACACGGGGACAAGAACACCAAGGGGAAGUUGAAAGUUGAUCAUAUUGACUGGUGUGCUAGGAGAUUCACGCAAGAGGAGGUGAAGGUCGCUUUGUUUCAGAUGCAGCCCCUUAAGGCUCCCGGUCCUGACGGUCUUCCGGCCCUGUUUUACCAAAAGCACUGGAACAUUAUGGGAACAAAUGUCUGCAACCUGGCCUUGGAUGUGCUGAAUAAUUGGGGUGUUACACUGAACAAUAACAAAAGUCCUAGCCUAAUAAAUGGUUCAUUCAUAGCUCUCAUUCCCAAAUGCAAGAAGCCGUCGACCUCUAAAGACUUUAAACCUAUCAGCUUGUGCAACGUGGUUUUGAAGAUUAUUACAAAGGCGAUAGCUAACAGGAUUAAGAUGAAGAAAAAGACGAAGGGGAAGAAAGGAGUUAUGGCUAUGAAGCUCGACAUGUCCAAAGCUUAUGACAGACUGGAGUGGCCUUUUGUGGUUGCUUUCCUCUCCUCAAUGGGAUUUCCGGAAACGAUGGUUGUUAACUUGGACAAAUUAGAAUUCUCUUUUAGUCGCGAUGUCAAAGAUGAAGAAAAAGAUCAAAUUCGUGUGAGACUAGGAAUGAACACAAUGGCUAGUCACUUCAAAUUCCUUGGUCUGCCUGUUCUAUUCAGCAGGUCAAGGAAAGAAGUCUUUGCCAUGGUUGUUGAGAAGGUGUGGAAAAACCUCAAAGGGUGGAAGGAGAAGUUUCUGUCGCGUGCAGGCUUGGUGGCGAUGUUUUGGUGGGGUUCUAGGAAUGAGGAAAAAAAGAUCCAUUGGAUGAGUUGGAAGAAGUUGGCGUGUGCUAAAGGGGAAGGAGGUUUGGGGUUUAGAGGUUUUAAAGAAUUCAAUACAAGCUUACUUGGGAAAACAUACUGGCGGCUCUUAAAUGAUGGUGAAUCCUUGCUAGGAAGGGUCUUAAAGGGGAGAUACUUCCCAAGGGGUAGCAUUGAUGACAACUAUGUGGCUUACGCUCCUAGCUAUGCAUGGAGAAGCAUCAUUAGUGCGAGGGAGUUGAUUUUGCAAGGCUCGCGGUGGAGGAUCGGUAAUGGCAAAAAGGUGAGAAUUCUAAAGGAUAGUUGGAUCUCAAGUAAUUCAGGUUUCAGAAUUAUUGGCAGUACAAGAGGCAUCAAUGAAAAUGCCUCAGUGCAGGAGCUUAUUGAUCCCGACUUGGGAAUUUGGAAACAGGACGUGAUCCGUGGCUGUUUCGAACCUUUUGAGGCUAGCUUGAUAACUAGUAUUCCUCUUUCUCGUAGCAUCACUGAAGAUAAGCGUAUAUGGCAUCAUGAAAAGAAUGGCUGCUACUCGGAUCGUUCCGGUUAUCAUUGUUGUUUGAAAAUGCAGUCUGAUUCUAGUCCGAGUCCUUCUAGCUUCCCUCUGCGAACCCUUUGGAAGGAGAUUUGGAAAGCCCCGGUCCAAGCAAAGAUCCGCAACUUUCUGUGGAGAUUGACCAAGGAUAUUCUUCCCACGAAGGUUAACCUGUUGAAGAAAGGUAUUAUACUGGACGAUUGCUGCUCUCCAUGCAAUUCUUCCCCUGAGUCAGCCCAUCACCUUUUAAUGGAGUGCCCUUUUGUGCGUCAAACUCUUUUCUCGUCUAUCCUGAGCUAUCGCACCCCGUCUGCGUUGGAUCUUUGUGAUUGGAUCCGAAGUUUUUUGGUAUGUGGGGACAAACUAAGUGCUCAAUUUCUUCCUACUGUGUUGCAUAAGGUGUGGACUGCAAGAAACUUAGUAAUUUAUCAGCAAAAGUCAUCCUCUCCCAUCUCUGUAGCGGCUAAUGCGCUAUAUUCGGUUAAGGAAUUUAAUUUGAGGAAUUCUCCUGUUGUUUCAAUAACGGAUCCUCGGGUUCAGCCCCUUAUGAACGAUAUUCCAGCAGACUUUACGUUGAUACAGGUGGACGCGGGAGUUUUUCCUGACGGGUCAGUUUCGUAUGGCUGUGUUUUCAAAAAUCAAAUUUCAGGUUCUUUCUUUGCUGUCAGCAAGAGAGAGUUGUUGACCGUUGAUCCGGGGCUGGCGGAGCUGUUGGCUAUCCAUUGGAGCCUUUCUUUAGCCGGUCAAUUCAAGCUUAGAAGUAUCAUGGUUCAUUCCGAUGCGAAAGUGGUGGUGGACUGCAUCAAUUCUCUUGUAGAUGUUCCGGCUUUAGAACCAAUUGCAAAUGACUGCAGGAUUCUGUUAAGGAAAUUUGACGUAGGUUCUAUUUUGUUUAUUAGCAGAACUUUGAAUAUGGAUGCUCAUAACCUUGUGGGUUUGGGACAUAUGUAUGGCUCUAAAACUUUGUUUGGUGGUUAUCCGUCUAUGGAGCCCUUUGUAACCGUUUCCUCUUUUCGCAAUUGA